AUGGAUGGACAAAAAGGUGACGAGGGAGUUCGUGGACGCCAAGGGGACCGAGGUUUCGUGGGAGCCAAAGGAGACCGAGGAUUCAAAGGUGAGAAAGGAGAGCCAGGUUUCGAAGGGCUCCCGGGCGAGCCGGGACCCAAGGGCGACGACGGCGUCUGUCCGGAAGUCUGCGACGCCCCCCCAGGUGACCCGGGACCGCCGGGCGCCGCCGGGCCCAGAGGCCCGCCGGGAGCGGCCGGACCGCCGGGCUCCCGCGGUCUCAAGGGGGACGCGGGUGCUCCCGGACUGCCCGGCGGGGCGGGCCCCAAAGGAGAGACCGGCCCACAGGGGGAGUGCGAUUGCGCGGACGGCGCCAAAGGGGACCGGGGCCAGACGGGGCCUCCGGGACAAAGGGGCGAACCGGGAGAUAAAGGCGAGCCGGGGUACGCGGGCUUUCCGGGCCUGCCGGGUCCCUGCGUGCCGAGCGUGCGGUCGGCCUUCGCCGCCGGGCUGGCCUCCAGCUACCCUCCGCCGCGGAUGCCGGUGGCCUUCGCCGAGGUGCUCUACAACGUCCAGGGGAGUUACGACCCCGCCACCGGCAUCUACGCGGCGCCCGCCAACGGCACGUACGUCUUCAGCUACCACUUGAGCGUCCGCGGGCGCGUCCUGAAGGUUGGGUUCUUUCGCAACUUCCGUUCUGUGGUCAAGACCACCCACCCCGACGCGUCGGGGACCGCCACUCACUCGCUGGUCCUGCACCUGGUCCGGGGCGACCGCGUCUGGCUCCUGGUCAAGGACGAGCUGUCCAACGGCAUGUACGCCGGCGGCGAGGAGGCCAGCACUUUCUCGGGCUUCCUGCUCUAUCCCGACGACUGUAACCUGGCCUUCCUCAGGGGCCCCGCGCCCGAGCCCGUUCCGCCCCCGUCCGGCUAUAGCUGGGGCGACGAAAGCCCGCCCGAUUCAUCGCCUUGA